AUGCACAGCUCUUUCUGGUUGUGUGUUUUCAUCUCAGCAGAGUAUUUCCUCCUGACCAUCAUGUGCUAUGGCCACUCCGUGUCCAUCUGCAAACCCCGGCACUACGGGACCCUCCUGGGCAGCAGAGCUUGUGCCCACAUGGCAGCAGCUGCCUGGGCCAGUGGCUUUCUCAAUGCUCUGCUGCACACGGCCAAUACAUUUUCCCUGCCCCUGUGCCGCAAUGCUCUGGACCAGUUCUUGUGUGAAAUCCCACACAUCCUCAAGCUCUCCUGCUCCAAAUACCAACUCGGGGAAUUUUGGCUCAUUGCUGUUUGUGUCUGUUUAGGACUCGGUUGUUUUGUGUUUAUUGUUUUCUCCUAUGUGCAGAUCGUCAGGGCCAUGCUGAGGAUCCCCUCUGAACAGGGAGGGCACAAAGCCUUUUCCACUUGCCUCCCUCACCUGGCCAUGGUCUCUCUGUUUAUCAGCACUGCAGCAUUUGCCCACCUGAAGCCCCUCUCUAUCUCCUCCCAGUCCUUGGAUCUGGCACUGUCAGUUCUGCACUCAGUGGUGACUCCAGCACUGAACCCCCUCAUCUAAAGCCUGAGGAAUCAGGAGCUCAAGGAUGCUCUGAUGAAAGCGAUGACUGGACACUUUUCAGAAGUUAAAAUCUUUGUAUUUUCCUCUUCUGAGCAUUUAAUGUAA